AUGGACGCUCCCAAUAUGGAGGACCCCGCCUCGACCGAGGCCGCCGCUACCGCUACCGCCAACACGCCCCACCUUGACAGUCCCGUCCGGGUAUUAGUGCAGACCCGAACGCACCUCAGACACGUCUGGCAGCGCGAGUUCGACCAAUCCCGCGAGCGCCACUGGAACUACCAAUGCCACUUUGCCCUGGACAACGUUGAGUGCUGGUUCCUCGUCGACCACCACGGCCCGGAGGAGAGUCCGCCGCCAUACCCGCCGAUUGUAUGGUAUCGAUGGACCGGAACAGAAUUUAUGUUGGUGCGCGACCCGCUCCCUAGUAGGGUGCGUCGUGAGCUCCGGUAUUAUCCAUUCCAACGGGUUAACCGGGUCCUUAUUCAGGAGUACCCUAAGCAGCCACCUCUAAGGCGUUACAAAUCCCGUACCGAGGAGAUACGCGUAAAGCGGUGGAUACUCUACGAGACGUUGCUUAGUAACCUAGGCUUAACUGAGGAGCUACUAGGAUUUGUAAGGGAUUGUCCUGAGGCGGCGGAAUGGGUGAAGCUACGGGUUCCACCGGAGGCUUGGGCGAGACUUGAGGGUCUUUCAACGUUCGCGCUACAACAAUACGAGCCCGAAGAGGGCCACCCCUAG